AUGGCGCGGAAGGCCCAGGUGGUGGACGCACAGAAGCUGGCGCUCAUGGCCCACGCGGGCCAUGUGUCCGGGGAAGCGCUGACGGACGACGAGAAUGAAGAGCUAGCGUUGCGCUCCAUGGAGACGAAGUAUUCGUACACGACGAGUGGCAGCAGGACCGAAUCCCAGAUAGAGCGCCUACGCCACACCACCACCGUGUAUGACGGGGAAGUAGACGGUGCUGGACCGCUCCUGGCGCCGGGCGGUAGCGAUGUCGAAGAACCGUUCUUCUGGCUCCCGUCUGCGCAGGUGGAGUUGGAAGGACGCGAGUCGGAAGGCAUGGGGAAAGCUUUCGCCCGUCCGGGCAGGCCGGGCCUACCGUUCAGCCGUCCGUCCAUGCCAAAACCGGCUUCGUCCCCGGCCUCGCGGAAGAGCAAGGGCAAGAAAGGGAAAAUGCCGCGCAAUUCCGACGCACCGGAAAUUAUUUCGGCCCGAGGUCGGCGGGGACCACUGCAGAUGCCCCAAAUGCGGGCCUCGUCCGACGGCGAAAUCAGUUCCCCGCGGCGAAUGGCCCCGGCACCGAAGGCGGCGCCUACCUCGCGGAAAUCGCUGCAGGCCGCGCGCGCGUCGCGUGCAAGUUCGUAUCCGACACGCACCGGCACCGCGGCCGAGGGAUCCGGCACAGCGGCCAUGGGCUCCGGCACUACGACCGAGGGCUCCGGCACCGGGACCGACCGCUGGCGCGCAACCGGCGGGGGCUCCACGGCAACCGAGGACGAUGGGCGAUUUACCAGGGGGUACACCCGUGCUUGGGCGGAUGACCGAGAAGCAUUACUGGACGACCGCCAGCAUCCGUUCUUGCACGGCCUUCUCCAGGCCGCCCAGCUGCACCAGCGGGCCAGUGGCUCGGUUCCGGAUAAUGAACCGCAGAAGGUGUCUGUGACCAUUCGGGACGAGAAGGGCGACAUCCUGGCUGAUGUUACCGGCGAUGCUGCUGACUGGCUGUCCAUGAGAAAAAUUCUGGCGGAUGGUAGCGCGCCGGGCGCGGUGCGGAUCUCGGAGGAAAUGGACGCGGGCACCCGCAGCUCCCCCACGGCGGUGCGGUUCUCGGACGACGCUGUAGGAACUCGCGACGCGACGUCGAAUCGGGCGGCGCAGAAAUCGAGAAAACGCACCACCGCCGCCCGGCGAGCGGCGUACCAGCGGAGUCUUCAUUCCCAGAAAAAAACGAUUGCAGAAAUGGAGAAAGAGAUAGAUCUCCUAAAGCACGACAUGGAGGAUGAAAUGGUCAUCUUACAGAAAGAACAGGACGACGACCGGGCGAUUUUGUUGAAAAAGAGGCCCGAGAUCAAAUUGACGGACUCGCUGAAGAAAGUGUUGACACACCCGUUCGAGGUGGUGCGCGACAUGCUGGAGGAUAUCGGCUGUGUGAAGCCCAAGCAAGGCGAGGCGAAGCCGUUGAUCCAAACGGAGCCAGCAUCCACAGAGGAUCCAAGUCCUCCACCCGGAGCUGGUGCAGACGCACCUCCCGGCAGUAGAAGUACCCCGGGCGGCGCACCGGGGACGCUUGGUGUAGUCCCAAGCAGCGCCAGGGCAGAAGUUCCACAGGGAGGAGGUGCCGGCGGACCCAGUAGCGCUCGGCUCCUUCCGCCCGGUGCCGGGCCCAGUAGCGCUAGGCCGCUGCCACCAGCCGCCCUUCCGAGCAGUGCGAGGGCGCUGCAGUUUCUUCAGUACUCUGUCAACCUACUAGAGCGGCAUAAAUCAAGUUCAAGGGCCGCGAGUCCAACAGUCCCGGGCACAACGACCUCCGCCGGAGAUGAUGACAUACCCAGUCGAGAAGAAGAACCUCUUGCGAGCCCACGACCCGCGAAGGCUCCACAGCCACCGCCGACUUCAGCGUCGCAAUUGGAAAUGAUCAAAGCUCGCAUGAAGCAGCAACGCGUGGCUACCAAGGAAACGUUAGCAGCAAAGCCGAAGAGUCGCACCCACCUCCAGGGUAGUUUCUCACUGGCGACCCACCAGUCUUCGUCAUCGUCCUCUGGUGCUUUGAACAAUGGCAGUACAAAUUUCGCCUCGGCCGCUGCGGCCAGCGCAGCCUCGGAUGACUUCGUUCCGUCGACCGACGUCGGUUUUUCUAAUGUUCCGACCCCGGAAAGAACGGCAUUUGAAGAGAAAGGAGAAAACGCGGGUAGCAGCACUAAAGUGGAGCAGGCGGCGGUCGCUCGCCAAGACGAAGAAGAAGUGUACGAGACAACUCAGGAAAAAGCAGACCAGCAAAGCGGAAAAAACCCGACGUCCGCGAGGCGCAGAGAUUUGGAGUUUGAAAAUGACGACAGAAUGCCAGGCGUUCUGGGCAAAAGCCCGGCGACGCCGGCACCAGCGGGCAGAACAGGCAUAGAUUUAGGUAGCAACGUGGAGCAGGAGCCAGCAAUAAGUCCCGAUCCCGGGAGUGAGAAGGAUUUUUUACGAUCCAGUGCCACCAUAAGGCUUAGCGAGACGGCGAUGCAAGAGGCAGCCCCACCUGCACCGCGAGUGACUCUGAAGGAGUUGCAGAAUUACAUGCGGAAAUCUUCAGGGGACGACGGCGCGAUUUCAGUUAUGGAAAUGUGAAGUUUUUUUCUCAAAAGCUCAACAUCCCACUGCGGUAUUGUUGUUCAACAUCCCCACGAGAUGUCAACAUCUUACACGAUAAUUUUGUAGAAGCAUCGCAGGAGCAGCUGGACACGGAUUCGCGUUAAUAAGUAUUCGAUCCACUUUGUCUGGCUCGUGCUUUGCAGAAGGGGAUGGAGUUGCAUCAGGCUGAAAAUCAUCGGCGACAAAAACUGUGUGCUGGUAUGUUGAGCGGGAAGGAAAAAAAUUUCAUUGCGACACUGGAGCAAGAUCAAGACGACAAUCUAGUGCUUCCGAAGGUGAAGUCGACCGCGAUUCGUCGUAUCCGAGACAAAAAAUCCAGACAGAUAGGCAGUAGAUGA